UACUCGCGCAGCAUCUUGAUCUCGACUACUACCACGCUUAUUGGUAUCCACUGAAGGGACCAGCUUUCAGGGAGUACGUUCCCUAAUGGCAACACAGAGGAUCAUAUACGGAACAGCCUGGAAGAAAGAGCGAACGACUGCACUGGUUAUCAGUGCAGUGUUGAAUGGAUUCAGGGCCAUUGACACAGCUUGUCAACCGAAGCACUAUCGGGAGGAUCUCGUCGGAGAAGCACUACAGAUUCUUCAAGAGAAACAUGGCAUAACACGCGAAGACCUUUUCCUUCAGACAAAAUACACUCCAAUUGGCGGUCAAGAUCGGAACAAGCCGCUGCCAUACGACCCUUCCACUCGCCUCGAGACUCAGAUCAAUGCUUCGUUCCAGAAAUCAUUGGCGAAUCUUCGUACAAGCUACCUCGAUAGCCUUCUUCUCCACUCACCUCUAAAUACCAUCGCCCAGACUAUCACUGCUUGGAGGACACUCAUGGCGUUGCAAGACUCUGGCAAGGUCAAAUUCAUUGGGGUAAGCAACACAUAUGACGUUGCUAUCCUGGAAGCUCUGGAGCGCGAUGGCGGGAGGAAGGUGCAAGUUGUUCAAAAUAGAUGGUUCGAGGGAAAUCAGUGGGACAAGGAGGUACUCAGUUACUGUCUGAAGAACGGAGUUCAGUACCAGUCUUUCUGGACAUUAUCGGGAUCUCCUAGCUUACUGGCCCAUCCCGAUCUACAAUCAUUCGCUCAACGGAAAGGUUGGACGCCUGCUCAAGCACUUUUCCGACUCGCUCAGAGCCGAGGCAUUACUCCUCUCUCAGGUACUACUCAGGAAACGCAUAUGCAGCAGGAUGUUGCUAUCGAGAACGUCGAGCUGGACAACAAGGAUGAACAGAUCCUUGAUCGCAUCUGUUCGUGGAUGGGCCUUACUGAAGUGACGCAAUAAAUCAUGGUUGUUACCCGAGUCCAAUUGUCAUUCUGACGUUGUGGAAUAUGUAACAUAACUUUCGUGGACAGCGCAGGCAUUAUGAUAUCCGAGGGAUUUCCUACAGAAACUUGUGCAACUAAUGCAGAUAGCUUGUUCAUAACAAGGCGUUAAUUAGGCAGCUGCUCUGGAUCUCCGAUCACCAGAGUGACCAUAUGUUGCCACUUCGUCCAUUGUUGGUCUUGCAGGAGCUGUUAUGAGAUAUUCGCCAAGCGGUGUACAAGAUAUAUGUGGACCCUGUUAUGUUCAAAUUGCCCUAUUUCGGAGCUAUUGUUUCUGCUUGUGAUGUUCGACGCCUUGGAUGACCAAUUGUUGGAAAUCGGUUCUGAGCGAUCCUGAGGACGCUCCAGCGCACGUAUGCACAUCUAAUCAAACUUGUUUUGACUA